GGACGGAGACUUGGCUUAGUUUUGUCAUCUAAUUCUUUUUCCAAAUGCCUUUUUGUUCUCUGUAAACUAUUCAUUGGUAGUUUGAUCUUUACAUUUUCCUCCAGAGAGAAGCCGCCAGUUGUAUAGGACAAAAUUGAGAGAGCAUAAAAUAGAAGUUUUACGGAAGCUACGAGAGUACUUAUAAUUGGCGAUCGAGCCGGCAGCACCAGAGGCAGAGAAGAAGGAUGUCGCCGGCAAAGCAAUUCCGAUGUAUAUUCACGGUGAUGAUGCUUGUUUCGCCGGUUCUAGUUUUCGGCGGCGAUGAUUUCAGCAGAACGGACUUCCCUGAUACUUUCGUUUUUGGUUCCGGUUCUUCUGCUUAUCAGGUGGAAGGGGCAGCAUUUGAAGAUGGACGGACUCCUACCAUUUGGGACACCUUUGCUCAUGCGGGUGAAUAUGGAGGAGCCACAGCAGAUGUAUCUUGUGACGCGUACCAUAAAUACAAGGAGGAUGUAAAACUCAUGGCUGACACGGGUUUGGAAGGCUAUCGAUUUUCCAUUUCGUGGUCGAGACUUAUUCCCAAUGGAAGAGGUCCUGUUAAUCCUAAGGGAUUGCAGUAUUACAACAAUCUCAUUGAUGAACUUCUCAGUCAUGGAAUUGAACCACAUAUUACUCUAUGUCAUAGUGAUCUUCCACAAGCACUUGAAGAUGAAUAUGGAGGAUGGAUGAGUAGAAAGAUAAUUGAUGACUUCACUGCCUACGCAGAUGUGUGCUUCAAGGAAUUUGGUGAUAGGGUUUUGCAUUGGACUACCUUGAACGAGGCCAAUGUAUUCGCUUUAGGUGGUUAUGAUAAUGGAUUCAGCCCUCCAAAUCAUUGUUCCCCACCUUUUGGAUUUAGACCUUGCUCGAUAGGUAACUCUUCAACCGAGCCAUACAUAGCAGCUCAUAAUUUACUACUCGCUCAUUCAGCUGUAGUGAGACUUUACAGGAGGAAGUACAAGACAACUCAACAUGGUUUUGUAGGACUAAAUCUCUUUGCAUUUUGGUCCCUUCCUUAUACAAAUAAAACGACCGAUAUAAUUGCAGCACAACGAGCUAAUGAUUUUUACCUGGGCUGGUUUGCCAAUCCCUUGAUAUUUGGAGACUAUCCUGACGUAAUGAAGAGGAAUGCUGGCUCUAGAUUGCCCAAAUUCACAAGACAAGAAUCUGCGCACGUUAAAGGCGCUAUAGACUUCAUAGCCCUGAACCAUUAUAUGACAGUACAUGUCACAGAUAGCUCUAGCAGCUUGGAAACUGAUAUCAGAGACUUCAGUGCUGAUGCAGCUUUUCAAUUUAUAUUGACAGAUGGUGCUACUACACAACCAGGCAUGUAUCCAGUGACGGAACCUGGUCUACAAGGAGUACUAGAAUAUUUCAAGCAAGCUUAUGGCAAUCCGCCUAUGUAUAUUCAUGAAAAUGGUCAAAUGACACCACGAACUGCGAUACUGAAUGACACAACCAGGGUAGACUAUCUACAAGCUUAUAUUGGGAAUUUGCUUGAUGCUGUGAGGAAUGGAUCAAACGUGAAAGGCUACUUCACAUGGUCAUUUUUAGACUGUUUUGAGUUACUGGACGCAUAUGGUUCGGCAUUUGGCCUAUAUUAUGUGGAUUUAGAUGACAAAAACUUGCAAAGAUAUCCAAAGUUUUCUGCACAUUGGUACUCUAAUUUCUUGAAGGGGAAAGGCUCCAAACAUAGUGCACUUCUUGAGAUUGAGGAUAAAGUGCUUCAUUCUUCCCAGUCUCGUUCUUCUUCAUAAGUAUUGAGUUGUAUUGUGUUCUCAAUCCAGUUAUGGAGUUCACAUUUAUCUGUUGUAAUUUUUGCAAAUAAAGAUCCAUAGUCUAGACGAUUGAUCGUGUACCCUUGUAUAAGGACGAACUUAAUUUAAUACAUAUUA